AUGGCCGAAGCCAACUUUCGCGCGCGCAAGCGCCAGAAAGUGUAUCGCAAACGCCUCGACGAAGACGAUGACCACAACAAUGAAGGGCAGCCGCUCGCCCUGAACGCAACCGUCAGCGGCGCCCCUCUUGCCGCCACAACCUCCGCCAUCUCCGCUUCCGCGCCCUCGACCUCCGACGCCGCCGAUCCUGCUACUACGUCAUCGACCGCCGAGCAUGCUCCGACGAACAACGAGGAAGGCGGGCAGCUGUCCGUCGCGGAGAUCCUGCGCCGUGCACGCAAGCAGAAGGCGCGGGGACUGGGUGUUGAGUUCUCAUCAUCGGGUAGUGGCAAGCCGAGUGGAGGCUCCGAGGUCACUACUUCUGCGCUCGCGCCUCCGGUCAGCGGUGCAGCGGCGGAACAGCAACAGGCCGAAGUGGUGGUUGCGAAAGAGUUUGCGCCGCAGACGGGCAUGGUUGUGGAUACGUUGGACAAGCACAUGAUGGCUUAUAUAGAUUCCAAGAUGGCUGAGAUGCGUGAGGGCGAGCGUCGUGCAGCGGCUGCAGAAGCGGCCACGGAUGCUACAUAUUCUCAACAGCAGCCAAGCUCCGCGGCACCCUCUUUCCCAUCGAACGGAUCUCGUCAGAGGCAGCCAGCCGGUAUGGGAAAGCUGAUGGAGAUUGACUUGGGCCCUGAAGCCGUGCAGAGGAAUAUCGAGCGCACGGAGGAGGCGACGAGGCGACUGCAGAACGGAGAAUUGCUGGAGCAGGAGAUGCAGCCUAAGGGCAGAAGGGGCAGGAAGAGGAGGACGAGCGAGGACAUCAGACGGGACAAGUUGGUGGAAGAGAUCCUGAAGGAGAGCCGACCUAAUCCGUACGCCUUCUAUCACAACCCUGCAGUCGAAAUGUACGACGAUCGAGCACAGCAAGAGCAGCAGCAGAAGGACGCCGAAGAAGGCGCCGCCGACGACCGCAUCGUCGAGCAGUUCCGCCGCGACUUCAUGGAGGCCGUUCAGACGCGCCACAACCGCCGGCCGCCGGCCAGCAGCGCCGCCAAGGGCAAGGCCGCAGACGAGCGACCCAAGGGCCCGAAGUUGGGUGGUAGUCGCAGCGCCCGCGCAGCAAUGAGGGCGGCUGAGGAGAAGCAGAAAAAGAAAUGA